AUGGAAGCCAGAGAAUACCAAACCAGACAAAUUCAGUUCAUCCAUGCCCCACUCCAUGAUCAAAUGUGCAACCCCCUCCCUGCUAUCACCAAGCCCCCACCAAUCACAUUCUACGCGACAUUGGGAUCAGACUCAAAACGCGCCACUUCUGGCGCCGGUUACAGCAAUCGCAGGCCAUGCCGGUUCCAGACGAGCCAAGCCCCCCGCCGAUCCCGCAAAAAAUGCAGCCGUUUCUUGGUGAGUGUGAAGUGA